AUGUUAUAUUAUGGUUAACUUGUAAUAGGGCCUGCGGGAAGUGGAAAAACUUCAUAUUGUAAUAUUUUGCAAGAGGGGACAUUUAAAAGGAAUAUUCAAGUAGUAAAUUUAGACCCUGCUGCUGAUUAUAUUCCUUAUAAAUGUGCAAUUGACAUUCGAGAAUUAAUAUGCUUAAAUGAUGUAAUGGAAGAAUUAGUGCUAGGUCCAAAUGGUGGCUUAGUCUAUUGUAUGGAAUAUUUAUUAUAAAAUUGGGAUUGGAUGCAAGAGCAAUUAAAUAAUAUUGCUUAAGAUGAUUAUGUUUUAUUUGAUUGUCCAGGAUAAAUAGAACUAUAUUCUCAUAUUGAUAUGAUGAGAAAAUUAACUUAAUUAUUAGUUAAUUCUGGAUUUUCAAUAUCUUCUGUUUAUUUAGUUGAUAUCAAUUUUAUUGAAGAUGAUGCUAAAUUUUUAUCAGGCCUAUUAAUGGCUUUAUCAGCAUCCAUGACCUUAGAAUUGCCUGCUUUUACAGUGCUUUCAAAAUGCGAUCUUAUUUCGGACAAAAAGAAAUUAAAGAGAUAUACAAAGCUUCAUAAAUUUAACUAAGAAAGUGAGUAUGCAAAUUAAGAUGAAUUCUCUAAAACUUAUAAGUCUUUUACUUCAGGAAUUAGUGAGUUAAUUACAAGUUUUGGAAUUGGAAGGCUUUUGUGUUUGGACAUCAGUGAUGAUGAAAGUAUUGAAAAUCUAUUAGGAGAGAUUGAUUAUGCUAUUUAAUUUGGAGAUAAUUUAGAACCUGAUGAUAAAUUAUAUGAUUAAGCUGAAUAAUAAUUAUGA